CGCUAAACUUAAAAAAAAAACAAAAUUGCGAAAACCAAGACGAAAUAAAUAAAGAAAUAUCGUUUUAAUUGUAAAUAAAGUGAUAAUAAUACUUUUUGUUAAGAUUACAUCCCCCAACAUGAAUCCAAUUUCAAUGGACAGAGAUGAACCCUCUUCUUUAUCUUCGUUUUCGUCAAAUCACCCACUUGAACAGUUCGUGUUAUUAGCAAAAGGUGCGAAAGGAUUUGCGUGUGCAGAGCUCAUCAAACAAGUUCUAGAAGCACCAGGAGUACAUGUGUUUGGCGAACUUUUAGAAAUGCCUAACAUCAAAGAGUUGGAAACUGGACAAUAUGAAAAGCAUUUCAAGACACUAAACCUCUUUGCAUAUGGCACAUAUAAGGAAUAUUUAGAGAACAAGUCUGAAUACUUGGAACUCACUCCUGUGCAGUGUAAGAAGUUGCAGCAUCUUACAAUAGCAACACUUGCCACUCAGGAGAAGUGCAUCCCUUAUAGUGUAUUACUUAAGGAAUUAGAUAUAAAAAAUGUGAGAGAUUUAGAAGACCUUAUCAUAGAAGCUAUUUAUGCAGACAUAAUUCAUGGCAAGCUAGAUCAAGAAUGUAAGAGGGUGGAGGUAGAUGUAGCAUUAGGCCGUGAUGCUAGACUGGAAGACGCAUCUUCCAUAGCCGAUGUACUGGCAGACUGGUGCAAUGCGUGUGAAGCGGUGCUGAGCUCCGUUGACCGUCACAUACAAAGAGCUAAUCACAACAAGCAGAGAGCUAUAAGACAUCAACAGGGUAUAGAACAAGAGAUAGUUUACAUAAAGAAAACUUUGAAAACUCAACUGGAAAACGAUGAUUCUGCUUCGGGCGGUGGAGCAGAAACCCAUUCAGCACCAAAGAAGAACUCUGGUAAAGGAAAGACCCCUCGCACCACUGCCAAAUUCUGGCAGAAGAACACAUAACCUUAAUACCUGCUUUAAAGAAGCAAUCAGAUCAGUCAGAAAAGAUUGAUGUCAGUUGCUCCUUGCAUGACACAUAGCAUCAUUUUGAGUAGUACCUUACUGAGCCAC